GCUCGCCCGGCCCGGCGCCGCCCCCGCUCGUCCCGCCAGCUGCUGCGGGCUGGCCCCUGCGGCCCGCCUCGUCCGCUCGGGCAUGGGCGCACGCACCGCCUGAAGUCUCAGGAAGCUGGCCCACUUCAAGGUGCAUGUAAAAGGAGUAUAAGACACCAUGGCGCUCCCCUUUCAGAAGGAGCUGGAGAAAUACAAGAACAUUGAUGAAGAUGAGCUUCUUGGCAAGCUCUCAGAAGAGGAACUGAAACAGUUGGAAAAUGUUCUAGAUGACCUAGAUCCAGAGAGUGCCAUGCUGCCAGCUGGAUUCCGACAGAAAGACCAGACCCAGAAAGCAGUCACUGGUCCUUUUGACCGGGAGCACCUCCUCAUGUACCUGGAGAAGGAGGCUUUGGAACAGAAAGACAGGGAGGACUUUGUGCCCUUCACCGGAGAAAAGAAAGGGAGAGUCUUCAUCCCCAAAGAAAAGCCUGUCGAAACUCAGAAAGAAGAAAAGGUGACCCUGGACCCAGAGCUGGAAGAAGCUUUGGCCAGUGCCUCUGACACUGAACUCUAUGACCUUGCGGCUGUCCUUGGAGUGCACAAUUUGCUCAACAAUCCAAAGUUUGAUGAAGAAACAGCCAAUGGCAAGGGUGGCAAGGGACCGGUCAGGAAUGUGGUCAAAGGUGAAAAAGUCAAGCCAAUAUUUGAGGAACCACCCAAUCCCACAAAUGUAGAAGCAAGUCUGCAACAAAUGAAAGCCAAUGACCCCAGCCUACAAGAGAUUAACCUCAACAACAUCAAGAACAUUCCAAUCCCGACCCUAAAGGACUUUGCAAAGGCUCUGGAGACCAACACUCAUGUGAAGAAAUUCAGCCUGGCAGCCACCCGCAGCAAUGACCCAGUAGCCAUUGCUUUUGCAGAUAUGCUGAAAGUAAACAAGACUUUGAAAAGUCUAAACAUAGAAUCCAAUUUUAUCACCGGAACUGGAAUCCUGGCCCUGGUGGAGGCACUGAGAGAAAAUGACACCUUGACAGAAAUCAAGAUUGACAACCAGAGGCAACAGCUGGGAACAGCUGUGGAGAUGGAGAUUGCCCAGAUGCUGGAGGAGAACUCUCGGAUCCUCAAGUUUGGGUACCAGUUUACCAAGCAAGGGCCACGGACAAGAGUGGCAGCUGCCAUCACCAAGAAUAAUGACCUGGUUCGUAAGAAGAGAGUUGAAGGAGACCGGAGGUAAACUUCCAUGAGAAGAGGUGAUUUCACCAUGCAAUCAUUUGAAAACAGACACUCUUCCCCUUCUCCCUGGGACCAUUUUAUUUAAGGUUCAUUUCCGUUAACCAUAUAACGAAUAAUUUAAUUGUUAUUCUUUUGUAGCACUACUUAUUUAUCUUGGAUUCUUAAACAUAUACAAUUGUCUUACUUGUUCCUGGGUACUCUGGCAAUUUGUACAAGUAGACUGAUCAGAUCUCAUAUGGUGAUAACACUACAAUGAUAUUAACUCUUUCAUACUGGGUUGUCUUGAUUUGUCACAUGAACAUUUUUUACUCACUGAACAGGAUUUAGUAUAUAAUACAUGUUUGUAACUGUGAUUAUGAUAGAGGCCUUUCUCUGUUUACAUGCAUAGUUUUGAGUUAGGCUAAGUACAUCAGAAGUGUUCUGCUGAUCACAUGAGAAGUUAAUAUUGCCAAUGUCCUGGGUGAGAAAAUGUAACCAAAUUAUCUGUUAAUUCCAGAAAAAAAAAAUCACUAAAGGCAUAUGCUAAGCUGGUUGCAGAUCAGUGGUAUCCCCUCCAUCAAGCACUUUUAACACAGCAUUA